GACCGUUCUCCUUCGAAGUCUGUGAGGCAGGUUGCAAUAAAUUACCCGUUUGCUGCUUUCCUGGGAAGCAGGCUUCCUUUCUUCGACAUCUCGUGUAAUUGCUACCACGGCUGGUGGAGGUGAGGGAGUGACGCGAAUUCAGAAGUUUUCUGAGUGAAUGUGGACAUAACCAGCGCAAGCGGAAAUUCUACUACAUCGCAGACUGGAAACUCUCUAGUUAUUUAGCUAACUGUAUUUAUUACGCCAUCCUCCUCUCUUCCCGUUUUAUACCGAAAGACCGAAAAAGUAUUUUCUUCCGUUCUUCUGCUUUCGCUGUAUCGGUAGCCUACUUUGCAACCAAACAGCCCCUCUUAAAUUAUUUACUAUGCGGGACGAAUCGGAUCCGUCCUAGCUUGCUUCUUAGACAGAGUGAAUACUUUUUUUUUUUAAAUUGUGUUUUGGUUCCACGCUUUCUGGCUAGAGGAGAGUGAAUUCCGUUACCCUCUGUCCUCCUGUGUCAAUGUUCAUUCUUUUCUACGUCUGUACAUGCGUCAAAAUCAGCGGCUGGAAUCUGAAUAAGGAAAAGGUUUGAAUCCUGGAUUCCCCAUUCUUCUGUCACGAAAGGAUAAGUCUAUAUCCCCUGGCAAAAAGGCUUGUGAAGUACCUGCCCUGGUGUUGAUGCCCCAGUGGAUGGAGGUAGCCCAAUAGCACCACCGCCAGAAUUAGCAUUCCCUGCAGUCUCUGCGGCCACAGGAUGGCGUUACCAUGGAGACUGCUGUUUUUGUGGGCCCUGCUCGCCCAGGCCUCCCAGGGCCGCCCUGCCAUCACCAGCCCAGCUGACACCCUGGCAUCAUCAGAGGAUGAAGACGACGACGAGUCUUCCUCUGAGGAGAAUAAGCUCUCGGGCGGCCAAAAGAUAGUGCCCAUGGCUCCUGUAUGGCCUCAGCCAGAGAAAAUGAAGAAGAAGUUGCACAUCGUCCCAACCAGUAAGACAGUGAAGUUCCGAUGUCAGGCCAAUGGCAACCCUACCCCCACACUCCGGUGGUUCAAGAAUGGCAAGGAGUUCAAGAAGGACCAGAGAAUUGGGGGUUUCAAGGUUCGAGAGCACAUGUGGACCAUAAUUAUGGAUUCAGUUGUUCCCUCAGACAAAGGAAAUUACACCUGUGUAGUGGAGAAUGAACAUGGCAGCAUCAGCCACACCUACCAGCUGGAUGUUGUGGAUCGCUCUCCCCACAGGCCCAUCCUCCAGGCCGGGCUGCCAGCCAAUCGCACGGUGGUGCUAGGCAGUGACGUGGAGUUUGUGUGCAAGGUCUUCAGUGACCCCCAACCUCAAAUCCAGUGGCUGAAACACAUUGAGGUCAAUGGCAGCCGAGUGGGGCCAGAUGGUCUGCCGUACGUCCGUGUGCUUAAGGCCGCUGGCCUUAACACCACAGAUAAGGAGAUGGAGGUGCUGCAGCUGAAGAAUGUGUCAUUGGAGGACGCGGGAGAGUACACCUGCCUGGUGGGAAACUCCAUCGGCUUCUCGCACCGCUCUGCAUGGCUGACCGUUUUCAGAGCCACACCCCCCUCAGCGUGGCCCAGCCAGAUGUACCUGGAGGCCCUUAUUUACUGCACAGGAUUCUUCUUCAUUUCUGUGAUGGUGGCCAUCGCCACCAUCCUCAAAAUGCCAGGCUCCUCCAAGAAGAUUGACUGCAACAGCCAGCUAGCUGUCCACAGACUGGCUAAGAGCAUUCCACUGCACAGACAGGUGUCCGUGGACUCCAGCUCCUCCCAAAAUUCAGGGGGGAUGUUGGUGCACCCGUCACACUUCUCCUCCUCUGGGACACCCAUGCUUUCUGGAGUGUCAGAGUACGAGCUGCCUCAGGACCCUCGCUGGGAGCUACCCCGGGACAGGCUGGUGCUGGGGAAGCGGCUAGGGGAAGGCUGUUUCGGGCAAGUGUUGAUGGGCGAAGCCCUGGGUCUGGAUAGGGAGAAACCCAACCAUGUGACUAAGGUGGCAGUUAAGAUGCUGAAAUCUGAUGCCACUGAGAAGGAGCUGUCAGAUCUGAUCUCUGAGAUGGAGAUGAUGAAGAUCAUCGGCAAGCACAAGAACAUCAUCAACCUGCUGGGAGCCUGCACAAAGGAUGGCCCCCUUUAUGUGAUCGUGGAGUACGCUUCCAAGGGUAACCUUCGGGAGUACCUGCGGGCUCGUCGCCCCCCCAGCAUAGUGUACUACUAUAACCCCACCCAGCCACCCCUGGAGAGCUUGUCCAUCAAAGAACUAGUGUCCUGUGCCUUCCAGGUGGCACGUGGGAUGGAAUACCUUGCCUCCAGAAAGUGUAUACACAGAGACCUGGCUGCCCGCAAUGUCUUGGUUACUGAUGACAGUGUGAUGAAGAUCGCUGAUUUUGGCCUGGCCCGAGACAUCCACCAUAUUGAUUACUACAAGAAGACAACCAAUGGUCGCCUGCCUGUGAAGUGGAUGGCCCCAGAGGCUUUGUUUGACCGGAUCUACACGCACCAGAGCGAUGUGUGGUCAUUUGGGGUACUGUUGUGGGAGAUCUUCACUCUGGGUGGCUCCCCAUACCCAGGGGUCCCAGUGGAGGAGCUCUUCAAGCUGCUGAAGGAGGGACAUCGCAUGGACCGACCCACUGCCUGCACUGAAGAGCUCUAUAUGAUGAUGAAGGACUGCUGGCAUGCAGUGCCAUCUCAGAGACCCACUUUCAUGCAGUUGGUGGAAGACCUGGACUGCACAUUAGCCUUGAUGUCCACCCAGGAGUACCUGGAACUGGCACCGCCAUUGCAGCGGGACGCCCCCAGCGUCCAUGACAACCAAAGCUCCACCUACAGCUUGACCUACUACUCACCCAUUGAUACCAUCUUCUCUCACGUGAACAGUUAUGAUUCACUAUGCCUGCCUACUUUCCCACCACAGCCCAACCAGAUUGCCAUCGACAACUGUUGAAGGACCCAAGGUUGUCCAUCAACCCCUAUCCCCUCUCUUCAGCCAAUAGUAAAGACAGCUGACUGUGGCCCCAGCCCUCUCAGUUCAGCCCCAUCCCUUGGACAGGCCUGUACCAGCAUGGGAGCAGAGGAAGCAGCAGACAGCCAAAAUAACUUAUGCUUGUUUUUUUUGUUUUGUUUGUAGUGAAAUAUAUUAAAUUAGUUUCUUCUUUGCUGACAAUUAGAAGAGUACAGUAUAACCUUGUGAACGCAUCAGAAAUAGCAGCUUUUUUUGGAACUAAAUAUAUUGAAACAGUUGGAUCUUUGAAAGUUUCGUCAAAAUACACCAACUGUAAAAAGCCUGAAUUCUUUAUUUGUUAGACUUGUAACUUAUGUUAAUGUCACCUUAUUUCUUUAAAAUAGGGCUGCUCUCCUAACCCUAAUCAAUACUUAAAUUAAUCUAAAACCAGUAGUCAAACCAUUUAUAACCAGUCUCCCAUUACAUACAGAACAAUGCCGAAAGUAUAUGGACUCCUGACAUCCAACAUCUCUUCCAAAAUUAUGGGCACCCUUUGCUGCUAUAACAACCUCCACUCUUAUGGGAAGGUUUUAUACUAAAUGUUGGAAUAUUGCUGCAGGGAUUGCUUCCAUUCAGCCAGAAGAACAUUAGCGAGGUUGGGCACUGAUUGGGCGAUUAAUCCUGGCUCGCAGUUGGCUUUCCAAUUAAUUCCAAAGGUGUUGCAUGGGGUUGAGGGCAGGGCUCUGUGCAGGCCAGUCAAGUUUUUCCACACCAUUCUUAACAAAACCAUUUGUAAAUGGACAUCACUCUGUGCCCGGCAGCACUGUUAUGAUGAAACAGGAAAGGGCCUUCCCCAAACUGAUGGGGAAGCACAGAAUAGUCUAGAAUGUGAUUGUAUGCUGCAGCGUUAAGAUUAGUCUUCACUGGAACUAAGGAGCCUAGCCCAAACCAUGAAAAACAGCUCCAGACCAAGGGAUGUCCACAUUCUUUUGUUCAUAUAGUGUACUUUAUUAUCAGUGGAAAGGUGACUCAUUUUGGUUUAGUGCUCACCCAUUUGCAUCAGAGAUAAUAAAGAACUCAAAAAAAGGUGUAAAAUGUUUCAUACAGGGUUUGAGGUUUCAUACAGCGUUCAGUUGAGCAGUCUGUAUUUCUCAAGUUCACAUUUCUGAAGUUCUGCUGUAUUGCCAAGAAGAAAAAUCACAUAUUUGUAGAUACACUUAGGAAAGGGAAUAAAAAUAUGAGAGUGUGUUUAUGGCAUUUGAACUUUUUUUUUUUUUUUUUUUUAAAUAGAGUUUUGUUAGAGUUUGUUGUUGCUUGAUUCUGUUCUUGAGAUUUGUGAGUGAAUGUCAAGUAAAACUAAUUUUAGAUCUUGAAUGUGCUACUCAAAUGCAUUCCACUGCCUGUAUCACAGGGUGAUACUUACUUUUUUCUGCAGUGCAAUUCCUGUUAUGUGAUUCUGGAUAGCCUAUUUGUUCAUAUUUAAUGGAUUCAGUGUUAUUUCCAUUUCUUAAGCAAAAAGGUGACAAUGCCGUGUAGUAUUAUUGCAUAGUGAGUGAGCUGUAGUUGAUUUUCCAGAUGGAAUUAGUAAUGCCUUUCUAAAUGUCUUUGCUUUGUAACAGUGAUUCUAUAAAAGGAUUUCAGGACUGGAGAAAAUGUGUUUACAGUGGACAAAACAGGCUUUACAGAAAACACACACCAUCCUAAAGCAAACACAAUAAAUAAAAUGUUUGUUGGGAAAAAAAUUAUAUAUAAUAAAUGGGGUCUAUAAAUGUAUAAGGCUGCUGAAUUUUCUGGUAAUAGAUUCUGUUUUUAGAGAUUGCUGUGUGUUUUACCACGUAAGACAAGAUAGCAAACUGGGCGUGGUGUGGUUAAACAAAUCUCUUUUACUGUACUGGCCUAGCUGUAGCAACCAUCAGAUUUCAACAGUAGGCAUUACUAACUAACAAUCCUUUCCAUGUAGGAUAAGAAAUAAUACAUUUCUCAAUAAAAUAAAUAUAAAAUACCGUUAUCACAGUGCUGGGUUACAGAUGAGGUAUGUGCUGCUCUAUCAGUCUCAGUACUGGGUUACAGAUGAGGUAUGUACUGCUCUAUCAGUCUCAGUGCUGGGUUACAGAUGAGGUAUGUGCUGCUGUAUCAGUCUCAGUGCUGGGUUACAGAUGAGGUAUGUACUGCUCUAUCAGUCUCAGUGCUGGGUUACAGAUGAGGUAUGUACU